AUGAUAAAAAGGGGAUGUUUUUGUGUGUGUGCUUUCUUAGUAGUAUCGCUUAGUAAUUGUCUAAACACAGCCACGAGUUGUUUAACACCCAAACCAGACUACAUAAGUGGAAAGAAACUCUCCGUCUACCCAAUCAAGCUUUUUGACAGGAUAGGUCUGAAUUUGUGUUUCAAGGAAUGCCAGGCUCAUGGUGGAUGCCUUUCAGCAAACUUUGACCGAAAACACUUAACCUGUCAAUUGCUAAGUAGUAAGAAAAGUGACACUAAGCCAUUGAUAGAUGAUGUGGAUUUUUUUCACAUGGAGCUACCAGACAUUCCUGAUGGAAAAAAGAAGAUGUGUGGCGAGGUUUCAUGCAACAAUUACUCAACUUGUAUAAUCACAACUUUUAAUAAAAGCGUUUGUAUAAAAACAGACUGUGCAGAGUCUCUUCCAAAUUUGACAAACGGAAAGGCAAUUAUUCGGACGAAUAAUCCGAUAUCGGCUACAUUUGGCUGCAACACUGGAUUCACUGGUGUUGGUUCUACAAAUACCAUUAACUGCGCACCUGGAGGAAGAUGGACAUUGUUAUCUUACAGAUGUGAGCCCCCAGUUCACGGAGGCUGGAGUAGUUGGAGUGGAUGGAAUACGUGCUCUAAGACAUGUGGGAGUGGAACAAAAGUCCGAUCACGUAGCUGUAAUAAUCCAAGUCCAAUAUACGGAGGGAACUACUGCACCGGAAGUUCAAUAAACACAGCAUUGUGCAGCACGAACAGCUGUCCAAUUGAUGGGGGCUGGAGCUCUUGGGGAGGCUGGUCAUCCUGCUCAAAAACCUGUGAUACUGGGAGCAAGUCUAGAAGCAGAAGCUGUAGCAACCCUUACCCCCAGUAUGGAGGGGCCGGCUGCAGUGGCUCGUCACAGGAGAGUACGAACUGUUUCAAAGAGGAAUGUGGUAAUUCGCAUAAUGAUGAAUUUAGAGUUAUAUCUUCAGUUCAUCUCUAUCUCUAUUUGUAA